CGUUCGUAGGGUUUUGGGUGGGUAGCGCGAAGUUAGAGACGUCGAAGCAGGUACGGCGAGCUGCGCAGGAAGAUUUCCGGCCAGCUGCGCAGGUACGAACUCCAUGGAGAUCGAAAGCUCGUACUUAGAGCUCAAAUCCGGGUCUGGGCUUCCUCCAUCGAAGCCCAAGUUCCAACCUCUCAAAGCCCAUGAGAUGUCGGACGGCCGAGUUCAGUUCCGGAAAGUCUCAGUCCCUCCGCACCGUUACACGCCCCUGAAGAAAGCAUGGAUGGAAAUCUACACGCCCAUAUACGAACAGAUGAAGAUCGACAUCCGUAUGAAUCUCAAGGCCCGGAAGGUGGAAUUGAAGACAAGACAAGAUACUCCAGAUGUCAGCAACCUACAGAAGUGUGCAGAUUUUGUCCAUGCCUUCAUGCUUGGAUUUGAUGUCAUCGACGCAGUUGCACUUUUGCGUCUGGAUGAUCUCUAUGUUGAUUCUUUUGAGAUCAAGGAUGUCAAGACGCUUCGAGGUGAGCACCUCUCUCGCGCGAUCGGGAGGCUAUCUGGCAAAGGCGGUAAGACAAAGUUUGCGAUUGAGAAUUCCACCAGGACACGAAUUGUGAUUGCAGAAACAAAGAUCCACAUACUAGGAUCCUUCUUGAACAUUAAGGUUGCAAGAGAUUCUCUAUGUAGUCUGAUAUUGGGAUCACCAGCAGGUAAGGUCUAUUCCAAACUUCGGGCAGUUACUGCUAGAUUGGCAGAGAAGUUUUGAUUUUGCCAUUUUCUUUCAUCCACAUUUUGUAUCUGGUUAGUCCAAUCGGAUAAUGUGUUGCUGUAAGAUUGGAGGGCAGUUUUUUUUUUUUUGGGUCGAGGAUUCCUAGGAAUUUUGAUACGAUGUUUUGAUAAUAUUAAAGAAGUGCUGGGGUGA